AUGAAGGGCACCGGACUCCUCCUGGCGUUCAGCCUCCUGGCGGGCUCUGCUCUUGCGAAGCCGGUCAAGCAGCGGUCUGGCUUCGCAGUCAAGGACACUCACUACGUCCCGCGAAAAUGGACGCAAGUGGGCUACCCAGAGGCCGACCACACCAUCUCUCUUCGUAUUGGCCUCAAGCAGGGUAGCUUUUCCGAGCUCGAGCGUCACCUGUAUGAGGUUUCGGACCCUGACCACUCGCGCUGGGGCAAGCACCUCAAGUCCCACGAGGUGGCAUCCCUCCUGGAGCCGGCAGACGAGACGUUUGAUCUUGUGCACGAGUGGCUGGCCGACAAUGGCAUCGCCACGGAUGGCCUCCGAUACAGCCCAGCCAAAGACUGGAUCACGGUGGCCGUCCCCGUCGAGCAGGUUGAGCAGAUGCUCGACACCAAGUAUGCCGUGUACCGACACGAAGACGGCACCGAGCUGGUGCGCACGCCCAAGUGGUCGCUCCCUGCCCACCUGCACGACCACAUCGACACCAUCCAGCCCACCAACUCGUGGUUCCGCGCCAAGCCCAAGGCUGUGGGUCCCGCCAUGGAGUACUACACCGACGCCAACGUGUCGGAUGUGUGUGUGUCGGACGCCGUCACGCCCACCUGUAUCCGCACCCUGUACGGAACCAUCGACUACCAGGUCCAGGCCGCCGACAAGAACAGCAUGGGUCUCUGCGAUUUCCUGAACGAGACCAACAACCGCAACGACACGUAUAACUUCCUCAAGACGUACAGGCCCGAGGCAGCCGAUGAGGCAUGGACGUUCACGUUCGACUCCAUCGCCAACGGAACCACCACCCAGAUCUACACCGAGGAGGCCUUCGAGGACGAGACAGGCAUCGAGGGCAACCUGGACGUGCAGAACUUGAUCAGCGUGGGCUGGCCAACGCCCCUCAUCGCUUACACAACCGGAGGAAGCCCGCCUUUCGACCCCGAUGACGAGACCACCACCGACAGCAACGAGCCCUACCUCGUCUGGCUGGAGAGCGUCCUGGCCGAGUCCGACGACGACAUCGCCAAGGUCAUCAGCACCUCGUACGACGACGACGAGCAGACGGUUCCCCUGUCCUACGCCACCCGUGUCUGCAACGACAUGGCCCAGCUGGGCGCCCGCGGCGUCAGCCUGUUCUACGCCUCUGGCGACGGCGGCGUCGGCCCCAGCGGUGCCUGCUACAGCAACGACGGCAAGAACACGAGCAUCUUCCUGCCCGAGUUCCCCUCCACGUGCCCUUACAUCACCUCCGUCGGCGCCACCGGCAACUUCACCCCCGAGAUCGUCGCCUACGUGCCCGACGAGGACUAUGCCAGCGGCGGCGGCUUCUCCAACUACUUUGCCCGCCCGUCGUACCAGGACGCCGUUGUCGAGCAGUACAUUGCGUCCCUCGACGGUCAAUACGCCCAGUACUACAACCAGUCUGGCCGUGCCUACCCGGACAUCGCCGCCCAGGGCCUGUUCGACAUCAUCGUCUGGGACGGCUAUACCUUCCCCGUCGGCGGCACCUCUGCUGCGACCCCGACCGCUGCUGCCAUCUUUGCCCUUGUCAACGACGCCCUGCUUGCGGCUGGCAAGAGCACCAUCGGCUUCCUGAACCCGUGGCUGUACAAGACGGGUUACAAGGCCUUUACUGAUGUCACGAUCGGAAGUGCUGUUGGUUGCGAGGGUCUUGGGGAUGGCCUUGGUUUCCCUGCGGAGGUGGGCUGGGAUGCAGUCUCCGGGUGGGGAACACCGCAUUCAAGACAUGACCGUUUCUGCCCAGACUAA